AGUUAUGUAGUAAAAAGAAGAAGCAUAAAAAAUAUUUAUUUUAUUUUUGUAACAAAAUGCCAAUGGAAGAAAAGAUUCCCCUUAAAAAUACAGAAGCGACUUUAAAAAUUCCCUUCGAGUCAGCACAACACGCCGAAAUUGCAUAUCGCGUUUUAAGUGUUGACCAAGAACCUAGACGCAAUUUUGUAAGUAAAGAUUUGCGUUUAGUGGAAAACAGUAUUGAAGUGUAUUUCACUGCGGAUCAAGUGAAAAAUUUAAGGACUGCUAUAACAUCAUUCUUCGAAAGUCUGCUCCUGUGCCAAGACACCAUCAAAUCAUUUGAUUUAAAAGAAACAAAAAAUGCCAGAGCACACUCCGGCACCAACACCGCAUAGAGCAAUA